AUGCCUUUCCAACAAGGUCCAAGGAAAGCUGAAAAGGACGAUAAAGGGAAUCCGGUCUAUCCAUGUUUAUGGAUUGGAUGUAAUAAAUCUUUCGGAACUGCUGGACAUGUUCGUAGACAUGAGAAGACUCAUGUAGGAAUCACACCCUAUGCGUGUCCACACUGCGAUAAGAGUUUCAACAGGAGUGAUGUGCGUGCCAAGCACGUAUCGACUAUGCAUCCCGAGAAAGAGGGACAGAGUGGAUCGUCAUCAUCGGGUAUGGUCGAUGGUGAUGAUGAGCCUCCAAGUAAGAUAAGGAGGGUAUCGAUGGAUGAAGAUACUUCUACUCAACGCGGUGAAAAUUCGGAUUUCCAUCAUCGAGAUCAUCAUGAAAGGCGAUAUUCAACUUCGUCCGAUCACAGGAGACCAUCUAUAACAUCUAUAAACGAGACUUCCAAUCCUACACCCAACCCUUCAUAUCCAUUCGUAUCUGUCUCACCAUUAUCCACUACCGUCCCCAUCCAAGUAGCCAUACCAGCAAGUACACCUCACCAACAACAAUCAAGUAUAAAUGUCAGUACGAUCGACCAAUUGUGGAAUACUUUCAACGGCCCUACUCCUCCUUCUGCUACUGGCUUGACGCCAAUGACAAACCCUAGUCCAAGUGUGAUGAUGUCAGGAUCUGGUCCAGCAGGAAUGUCAAUGAUGCCUCCUCCACCUCAGCAGACUACUGUCAAUACCGGUACACCAUUCAGUGUGCCUUCAGUUGGAUCCUCCAAUUCCGGAUUCAUAGACCCUGCCCAACUCAGUGUAGGCACCAGUGCGGGUCUAGGUGGUGAUUUCGGUGCGGACCUAUUUGGACCUCCCAUCGUACCUGACCAACCCCUCGACCCCUUCGAUCCAAGUUGGGAAUGGUUCGGUCAAGUAUUCGGUUGGGGCUCAGACGAAAAUAUCGACUUGGAUAUAGGUCUUCAAAGUAGCAUGUUCGAUAAAGGUGGUGUUGGACCUAUCAGCUCGACCGACUCGUUGAGCGCAGCAUGGUUGUUGUGUUCUACCCCUAGAGGAGGUAGUCCAGUGAAUGGAGAGGAUCCAACAAAUCCACUUAACAAGGGGAAACCAGUUUUGGGAAUGCCAGAUCCAUUUGGAAGGAAAGAGGAUAAUCCCUGGCCGAGUAUAUUCAAACCUAAAGUACCUGAUCGACCUUUAACUCUAGCUGGCGUCAAGGCCUCACCAAGAAUGCACAAAUGGAAACAACAGUCCAAUAGCGGCAUGCCGCAGAAUGCGAUUAACGAAACGUCAAGAAACGCAAUGCUAUCUUUGAUUUACCUAUCACAUCAACCUACUUGGCUCAUGCCUGACAUAGAUGAUUUCCCAGAUUCUGAAACUCUAUCUGACUUUGUCGAUUUAUAUUUCGAAAAUUUCCAUCCGCUCUUUCCUAUCGUACAUAGACCGACGUUCUUCAAGGGUGAAACGCCUGCUGUGCUGCUGCUUUCGGUCGCGGCUAUAGGAGCGACAUAUGCCAAUAAGGAGUUUGGGCCGUUGGCGGUGGCGCUUUGCGAGUUGGUGAGGAGGAUGAUAGCUUGGAUGAGAGGUAGUGAUCAAAGGGCUAAAUUCGAUCGAAAUACACUUCUUGCCUUCCUCCUGCAAACAGCUCUGGGAAUAGCAUGUGGUUCAAGAGAGAUGUAUUAUCACGCGGAGAUCUUUCGAUGUAGUAUCGUCACUACCUGUAGGAGGUUACACUUACUUCGUGGAAUCGGAUCAGCAAUGAACGACUUGUACGCCAGAGAAGAAUUCCCAACGGACGGUCAGAGAUAUAAAGCGUAUAUGGAGGAUGAGACGAAGAGGAGACUGGGGUGGGGUGUCUAUUACCUCGAUUCUCAGAUGGUAGCUCUACUGCAUAUCCCAGCGGUAUUCGCAGUGAACGAAGCUGGGAUUCAUCUACCUUGCGAAGAUUCCCUGUGGGAAGCCCCUGAUGCUGCGAGUUGGGCGGCACUGAUCGCCAAUGGAGAAGCCACCGACCCGUCCACCACUAGACCUAAAUUCUUAAAAGUAUUAGCUAAAUCAUUGGCGGGUGAGGACAUAGGAUUGAAAAUGGAUGAUUUGGGUUGUGCGAUCAUAUCUCUGACUGUAUGGAGGAUGUUACUUGAUCAACAGAUGUUGCAGAAAGCUCUUGGAGUGGGAUUGACAGAUAAUGGGAUGGAUAAACCUUCUUACACCCAUGAAGCUCAUGUAUUAGAUACCAAACCAGCCCAUUUGCUCCUACGUCUAGCUCAAACCACCUACCUUUCCCCUUCACCUACGCAUCUCCGUCUCACACCCGCAGCAUUAUACCAUUCCGCACAUAUACAAUUCACCCGACCUGGUCUGAUGGAUAGGAUACGGCAUGUCUCGGGUAAAUACGAGCCUGAUAUGACCACGAAAGGGUCUUUGGGAUGGUUGAAAGCGUGGAUGAAGGAUGGUAAGGAAGUCAGGAAAGUCUUGUGGCACGCGGGGGUAUUGAACGCCUUAUUAGCGGAAUUUUCCAGGGGCUCCUUUGCCGAAUUAUUCUGGACAUUCGAUUGUGCUUUGGUUGUUUGGGCUAUAGCUAAAUAUGCGCCUUAUCAAAUAACCAAUAAUGGCUUGAAAUCAGCUUUGUUCGCUGCUAAUUGGUUCGAUACGAUCCCACCUAAUUUAUGGCUUUUACACGGCGGAGAGAUGGUUUUCCCCUUCUUAGGUUCAUCUGCCAAUUGGACUGUCUCCAACCUCUUGGAAUUGUUUAUGAACAGAUUGGAAUCGAUGAAAUGGGGUUUAGCCGUACAGUAUCGACUGGUACUGAAUACUUUACUAGAAGCUGAAAAAGUAGGUAAAACUUUGGCUGUUGAUGGUGGUAGACCUAACAAGAGGAAUGGUGAAGGGGGGGAUUAUAACACGGACUCGGAUGGGAAGUGA